AUGGAGCAGUCUCUCCGCCGCGCGGCGCAGAGCCUCUGCGGCCAAUGCUCUACGGCUCUACGUGGGCGUCUAACUCAGCGAGGCGCCAGCAGGCAACUCGCAGCCAUCUCGAGCCUCUCCAAGGCUUCGACGACGUCCCCGAAAAAACAGGCAACCACAGCGACAGCUACAGCGACAUCUACGUCGACGCCAGCAGCGAGAGAGUAUUCUUCUCAAUCUGCGCCGUCAUUUAGUUUCAAGAACUCGGACAAGCCUCCUGUGCCCACUUCUGUUAAGCUCUCGCAGGAUGACCUCUUUCACUCCUUUACCGACUCCCCUGUACCCGAAUUCCGACGCCGCGCCGCAUUCAUGCGCCAGCAUGCCUACUGUCCGCAUCCAGACCACAGGCCAACAAAGAUGUCGACACUCCCUGAUGGCGAGCAACCUCAAACCGGUGAUAUGCCUCCUGCGAAGGUUGAUUUCGAUUGUCCCGACUGCGGCAUUCCCGUAUACUGCAGCAAGGAGCACUGGAUGGAUCAUUAUGAGGAGCAUCUGAAGAUUUGUGACACUUUGCGACAGAUCAACGAGGACGAUCACGAUUUGCGCUCUGGGAGAGUGUUUCAUGAGGCCAACCUGCCCGACCUCCAGCUUGAUGAUGCGGCUGUCAACAUGACCAAUUGGGACACUUUCAUGUACACUCGCGAGUUCAAUGCUGUUGACUCUGAUCGAGCCAUGCGCCAAAUUACUCGCCUGUUGACUUAUCCUGUUACAAUCGGUAGUGUUCUUCAUGAGCUCAGCCCCUACAAUAUUCAAACUGGAGGUCGUCUCACCACCGAAGGCCUCAAGAGUUUCAGUGCCUUGAGAUACAAUCUUCACCCUGGUCGUUCCGGACGCGGUGCCACGAUUCAAACACUUCGUCCCGAACCUCCACCAGUUCGAGUCUUCGUCUUGGGAGCUCGCGCUGAAUCGUCCCUGCCCCGGUCUACCUGGGUGCAGCUGGCGCAUCUCUUCCCCGAGUCUAGACUGCAUCUUAUUAUGAUUGGCCCCGAGAGCAUGGCUAACCGAGAUGACGAGUUUCCUCUCCCCGAGCGCACACCAUCGAAUCCAUUCGGUGCGAUUGUCGAGGACAGGGUUUGGUAUAAGAUGAAGAUCAGCACUAUCGUGGACUAUUAUCACACUAUCCACAAGACUGGCCACUUUGCUCCUUAUGACCCGUACUUUGACUGCUUCGUUCUUUUCCAUCCCGGCCUUGGCCAUCCCGCCAGCAGUCACGAGUGGGAAGAGACUUUACCUCUCCUAUUGGAGACCAAGGUGCCUAUUAUCAGCACUGGCUACACGCAGCAGGACCUGGACCGCGACGUUCAGUGGGUACGAAACAAGUCGCGUGGGGAGUUUGAUAUCCUGCUUGAGCCUGGCGAGAACAAUUUCAGAAGUCUGCGAUGGGACCUCAACGACGCCGACCCUCAAGACAUCACCUGUGGCAACUGGGGCGUGUGGGCAUUCCGUGGCAAGAGAUACGAAACCACAACUAAGGACCAGUGA